GAGUUAGAUGCUGUGGAGAUCUCAACCGUCAGUUGCGCGGUGGUCGCCGUACCGAAUGUUACGGUUUAAAGUGUUUUGUAUUUCCGGUUGUCUGUUCUCUUGCUCUUUUCAUUUACAAAACUCGCGUAGGAUUACCUUGUCGGGCAAUAUAUCGGGAUUUCAGUGAGAAGAGAUCGUAAUCUCGAAGAGUGUCGAUUAUCCUUGGCUCGGAGACAUGGGACAUUUGGUGGAAAAGUUACGAAGCUUCCGGCAUUUUGGCGGAACGCGAGCAUAGUGUCGUCGAGCAAAGGCAUGAACAUCGUUGCAGGAAGUGACGUUGAUUCGCCGGUGAGUCAGCACUGUGGACAAUUACGAUUUUGAUAAAGGGGGAUGGAAAAGGAAGUUUACGGGAUACGGAAACUGAAAUUACCGAGCAUUUCGACGCGUGCGUAAUUAUCCGGAGAUUUACUCUGUCGGUGUUACAUCGUCAAGGACUUUUCCAGUCAAGCCAGUCGAGUGUCUCGCGAGUCGAAAUGCGUAGUAGCGUUUGCAGCAGGUUAUGAAGGGUACUCGCGCGCGCGCUGGAUUGAACGAUUCGCCGACCGAGUGAAGUGUGAUUCUUUAAAGUGUAAACUACUUGUAUAAGCACUCAGUGAAAUGCGAUAACGCUCUCGUGCUCCCUCGAAUCGUUCAUAAACGAGCUAUUCACAUGACGGGUCGACUGGCAGUGAACUUCGUUCCCUUCAAUUCCCAUUAACGAAAUUCACGAAUUGUUGAAAACGAUCGGACGUGUUCGAGCUGAAGUGAGUCGAGUAUCGAUUGUCGAAAGAGGGGGCACACACAUGCCAGUCACUCGGAGUAAAUAUUGGAGGGCGUACACAAGUGACGACAACGUGCGUUAAUAACGAAACGUCUGGGAGUCGUGGAGCGGCGUGUAAUGACCGGAAGUAGACAGAGGAGCGGAAACAAGGGAAGGCAACGAGUUCGCUAAAGAUGCGUGGGCUCGCCGGUCCGGAAGGGCUCGGAAGAUCGGCGUUUCUGUCAUUGGCCUACUACUACUAUCUUCUGAUCCCGGUAUACCACGUGCUCGCCGUGACCAGCGAACUACCGCCGAGACUCGAUUUACCGGAGCAUUGUUCGUGGGACUCGCGGCAGGAUGGCGCUCUCACUUGCAUCCACCGCUACACCGGGAACGAUUCCCUCAGGACGAAUUUUUCACAGGCGACCAGCGAAUACGUGACCUCGAUCAACGUUGUAUGCGAGGAUUCGGAAUCGUUGGAAAACGGAAUCCUGAACGUGGACGGGUUCGUACAGUUAUGGAGAUUGCGAUCGUUAAGGUUGACCGGAUGCAAGCUGGUCCAUUGGCCGGCAAAAGUUCUAAGCGGUUUGCGGGAUCUUCGUAAUCUAACGAUCAGAAGUUUGAACGGGCGGAAAAGCAAAUACAGCUUGGAAUUGGAGAGCGGGGCGUUCGACUCUGUGCCACAGAUCGAGAAGAUCGAUUUAUCGUGGAACAACAUCUGGCAGAUACCGGAACACUUGUUUUGCCCUUUGUCGAAUCUUCUUACGUUGAACAUCUCGUGGAACAUGUUGAAGGACAUCACCGAGCUCGGAUUCAGGGAUAUCGCGGAGAAACAUCCGAGACGUCAACAGGAAUCGACCACUUCGCCUUUCCCCUGCUCUCUCGACGUGCAAUCGUUGGACGUGUCGAGUAAUCAAAUUUUAGUGCUGCCCGCCUACGGAUUUUCUUCCCUGAAGAGACUUCGCGUGUUGAACUUGUCGAGCAACGCGGUCUCCAUGGUAGCAGACGAAGCGCUUCACGGACUCAGGUCUCUGGAGACAUUCGACCUGUCUGGGAACAGAAUUGUCGCGUUGCCGACGGAAAUGUUUCGGGACGCGGCCAAGUCGUUGAAAGAAUUGCGUCUCCAGAACAAUUCCAUCAGCGUGUUGUCCCCCGGCCUGGUCGCGGACAUGAAUCAGCUGGUCGCCCUGGACUUGUCGAGGAACGCGUUGACCAGCUCCUGGCUGAACUCGGCCACGUUCUCCGGUUUGAUUCGACUCGUCCUACUGAAUCUAUCCCAUAAUCGCAUCACUCGACUGGACCCGGCCUUAUUCAAAGACCUUUACACCCUUCAGAUAUUGAAUUUGCAAUACAACGAGAUCGAAACGAUACCGGCCGAUACUUUCGCCCCCAUGAGUAAUUUGCACACGCUAGAUUUAGCGUAUAAUCGAUUAACCUAUCUGGACGCCUAUUCCUUGAACGGGCUGUUCGCACUUUCUCUUCUGUCGCUCGAUUCUAAUCAGCUCGAAGGUAUCCAUCCGGAUGCCUUUCGCAAUUGUUCCAGUAUGCAAGAUCUGAAUCUUUCCGGAAACAGUUUGGACGGUAUACCUGUCGCCCUCAAGGACAUGAGGAUGCUGCGUACGCUGGAUCUCGGUGAAAAUCAAAUCAGAAGCCUGAACAGGCCCGGGUUCCGCGGUAUGUCCAGCCUCUACGGAUUACGGAUGAUCGGGAACGAGAUCACCAACGUCACCGUGGAGGAUUUCGCCGAGCUGCCAGCACUGCAGAUAUUGAACCUGGCGCGGAACAAAAUCGAAACGGUCGAGGACGGUGUGUUCACCGCGAACCCCGCGUUGCAGGCGAUCCGUUUGGAUUCGAAUUUGUUGCAGGAUAUGUCCGGGAUGUUCGCGAGCGCGCCGGGUCUCCUUUGGCUGAACAUGUCCGACAACAUGAUCGUGCAGUUCGAUUACGGUUACCUGCCGGAGAAAUUACAGUGGAUGGAUCUGCAUAAAAAUCUUAUUAUGGAUCUCGGGAUCGCGCCACAGGCAAUGAGAUUGCAGACGCUCGACGUGUCGUUCAACCGGUUAACGAGGAUACAUUCGAGGUCGAUACCGGACUCCAUCGAGCUCCUGUUCGUCAACGACAACAUGAUACAGACGGUCGAGCCGCAAACGUUCGCCGACAAGAAGAACCUGACCAGGGUGGAUCUUUACGCGAAUCAGAUCGUCAAGAUGAACCUGUCCGCGUUCCAAUUGACCCCGGUCCCCAACUAUCGACAAUUGCCGGAAUUCUACAUCGGUGGGAACCCGUUCAUAUGCGACUGUACCACGGAAUGGUUGCAAAGAAUCAACUCGUUGUCGUUGAGGCAACACCCUCGGGUGAUGGAUUUGGAGUCGGUGUAUUGCAGGCUCCCGUACGAUCGUCACAAGUCGUUCAUACCGUUGCUCGAGGCGAAACCGUCCCAGUUCCUGUGCACGUACAAGGCCCACUGUUUCGCGCUCUGCCAUUGCUGCGACUUCGACGCCUGCGACUGCGAGAUGACCUGCCCGACCAACUGUACCUGCUAUCACGAUCAAUCCUGGUCGGCGAACGUGGUCGAUUGCUCCAAUUCCGGAUACAAAACCCUUCCCGGCCGACUACCGAUGGACGCCACCGAGGUCUACCUCGAUGGAAACAAUUUCGGCGAGUUGAAUUCCCACUCGUUCAUCGGGCGGAAGAACUUGCAGAUCCUGUACGCGAACGAUAGCAACAUCAUCGCUAUACGCAAUCACACUUUCAGCGGUCUGAAGCGGUUGCUGGUCCUCCAUCUGGAGAACAACAAGAUAAGCGUGCUCAACGGUGUGGAAUUGAUGCCUCUGGAGAACCUGAAGGAACUCUACCUACAGAACAAUCUACUGACGUACAUAGAUAACGGCACGUUCCUUCCGCUACGUCAGCUGGAAGUGUUACGAUUGGAAAACAAUCGACUCGGCACUUUCGCCGUUUGGCAACUCGGCCAGAACCCAUAUCUCGUCGACAUCGGGUUGUCGAGCAAUCCGUGGAACUGCGAGUGCUCGUUCUUGGACCGGGUUCGGGAGUGGAUGUCCCGUAACAGGGCCAAGAUAAGCGACUGGAGGAGCGUCACCUGUUCCCUCGGCAUGCCUAUUACUCUUCCGGCCAACGGAUCGGUCGUAAAUUGCGCGGCGUUAACGGGCACGACCUCGGUCAUCGAGAGCCGGCCGCUCGAGGCUUACCUCCCGCUACUGCUCGCCACAGCUGUCCUCAUUUUUGCCAUGGUCGCGCUCGUGUGCGGCGCGUUCAGGCACCGUCGAACCCUGAGGACAUGGGCGGCGAGCAGAUGCGGGCUCAGGGCGUGUUACAAGACGGCGGCGUUCGAGGAUCAAGAGAAACCGUUCGACGCCUACAUCUCUUACUCGGCCGUGGACGAGUCGUUCGUCUCCACGAUACUGGUGCCCGGCCUCGAGACGUCCUACAGGCUGUGCUUGCAUUACCGGGAUUUGGGCGCCGGUAGCAACGUGGCGGAUGCAGUCGCGGAGGCGGCGGAUUCCUCGAGGCGCACCAUCCUCGUGUUGUCCAAGAACUUUCUGCACGGAGAGUGGGCCAGGUUCGAGUUUAAAGCGGCCCUCAGGGACGCUCUGAAAGGGAAGGGCCGCUCGGUGAUCCUGCUCCUGGUAGGCGGUGUGUGUCCACGAGAUCUCGACGCCGAUCUCAAAAAGAGGAUCUCGUCGCACACCGUGCUGGUGUGGGGGGACAAGUUGUUUUGGCAGAAGCUAAGGUUCGCCAUGCCAGACGUGUCCCCUGUUCCUGUUUUGGAGAGACCUCUGCCAUUGCCGCCGCCGCCACCGCCCCCGGCGCAGCAUCAAUGGACGUAGAACAGCCAUUAUUUAGCUUUACUGGGCAACAGGGAGGUAGGGCAGACGGGGAAAGAGAGAGAGAAGGGGGAGCAAAAUGUAGGAAGGAGAAAAGGGAGAAAAGGAAGGAACGGAAGGCGCAUAAAGCGCGCGGAUAAAAAAAUUGGCGAUCGCCGGUGAAAAAUGCUUUUUCGAAAUACGUGCCCCGCCUCCUAAUUGCGCGGAGGGACGAUCGACCGGCCUUUCUCGUUCGCGUAGCAAAACUCUCGGCCGGGGAGCAACAAAAAUCCGUCUGUAAUCCCCGAGACGGACGCGCGGGAACGUCGAGCCGUGAAGGAAAAGAGAGCGGAGAACACGGAGGCUGUCUCGAGGUGUCCAUUGGAACAGGUAGAAAUCUACGAUCGCGUGUACCUGUUCGUCGCCCUUUACAUUUGUACCUGACAACGGUUGGACCGAAUCUGGAAGACAAAUGGGAUUACCUCGCCGACCUUACCCGUUUCCUCUCCCUUACCCGAACGAACGUUUAGAAAUUAAAAAGAGAAUUCGUGCCGGUGGUUCCUUCGUUUUUCUUUUCUUUCCUUUCCUUUUUUUCCCCUUAGUCACCCUUUCACGUAUCGGUGGGUGGGCCGAAUUCGAUACGGAUUCUCGAGAACGAUUCGGGAGGGAUGAUUCGGUUCUCAUAUUUCGUCACGAGAUAAACGAACGAACCGUGACGAUCCUUUUGCAUCUUGUGAAUAAUCAAGAAUUCAAGAAUUCCACUUUUCUCGGAGGGGGAGGGUUAACUCUACUACCACCAAUUUAAGAAGAGGAGGAAUCAAGGAAGGGAAGUCGAAGCCGAGACGACUGUGAACGCAAUAAACGAGCAAGUUGAGAAGAAAGAAAGAAAACGAUUGUUUCUCUUUUAAUUAAUUUCCCGGUCGGAUCUUUGGUCCCUCCUUUCGACUACACUAGCCUCUCUCUUUCUCCUCCCACCUUAUUACCAUUCUCUCUUCUCCCUUUUUCUCCAAGAGCACGUUUUACGCUCGAUUAUUUAUUUAGCCGGCGACCGCUCAGCGGUUGCCGCGCUACGGAAUUAAUUGAAAGAAACCGCGCACGCCCGCGCCCCCAUAGUCGUUAGAAUUUUCUACGCACAUUACGCAAAUUGCACGAUAAACUUUACGAUGUACGCGGUGUACUACGGCCAAGAACUCGCACUACUAGCUUUAAUUACACGCGCACCGGAAGACCGUCGCCGUCGUCGUCGUUACCUUACGAAACGUACCUUGGCUGAAGCCUGGCUGAAGAGUGAAGAAAAAAAGAAAAGAAAGUGUCCUUUUUGGAAAGCGGAAAUGGAAGAGGAGAGCGAGAGAAAGGAGCGAGAAAAGGCGGAAGGGAAGCUGAUCGGUGUACGAACUCGCUGUAUGGAUCACGCUCAAGCCCCUCAUAAAUUUCUAUAAAUCUAUUAACUCUCCUGAAACAUUUACAUAACAAAAACGUGGAUAUAUAACACGUCGAUGAAAAUUCGAUGCUCGUAUUUUCGAUCGUAAAAUAUAUAUCAGGAGAAAAGCUGAUAUCAUGGAUCCGAGAUUAAGAAAAAAAAGGAAAGGACACAUUCGCGA